CUCAUCAUAUCCUAACGCAAUGAGUUGAUUGAGCGACUGUGGAAGCACAUUCAAGUCUUUAUCCAAUCCAUUUCCUGAGGAAGAACUAAAGCCAGAGCUCACACCGGAGCUGACAGUACUCGCAGCUGAUGAGCCAGGAGGAUCAGAACUUCCAAUAUUUGCAAAUGGGAGUAAAGAGUUACGGAUUUCGGCAAGCGCCUUCUGGUUGUACCCGGAGGAGCGCGUGGCCGUCUUGCCGGGCGCCGGCGGGUUCAUGGCGCCCGCGCCCGAGCGCCUCACCGUCUACCCCACCCCUCCCAUCACAUGAGCACACCCCACCAUACACAGGUAUCAGUCACCGUUCGCAUUUGCUUGUAUAUCACACUUAUUACUUUGAAUUAUGAAUGGUUUUGCUUUUCAACUCAAAUACUGAUCACUAUUUUUCUUUUUCUUACAAAUCACUUCAAACUGACAUCACAAAAACCACGACGAAGUUGGAAGCUCUGUAAACAAAAAUAAGAAUUGAUAAAUUACAAUCAUUCCUAUACUUUCUAGUUGGUUAUUAUUAAAUUUUUGAAUGAAUGUCAAUGUAUGAACAUGAACAUUUUACAGAUUUUUGAAACUGAAAACAAACUGAGCAUGUAACAGUGAUUGAAAUCAAUGUAAUAAAUUAGCAAUUUUGCUGUUCGUAGCCAGAAUGCUGUAAACCUUGAUAAUCUAAACAAAAUAAAAGAAACUCAUCACAUACGAUUGUGGAAUGCCAAAAUUAGAGGCAGCUUUGUUAUGUUACAAAUAUUAACUACCAAUCGACAUAGUAAGUAAAUGUUGAAUUUAAUUCUUCGUACCGUUUAAUUAAUCGAUGUUUUUCCAGGUAAGAAGAGCAAACGCCAUAAUUCCAUAAAAUAAAAAUUGUGUCUUGGAGGGCUCUCACAUUACCGAUGACAUCUUUCUUGCACAACACAAGUAGCAACUCCAACAAAUACGGGAAUACUUUUGUUUGACGACAGAUAGAUAGAUCAGGCUUCACGCUAUAAAUUACUAAAUCAAACGUAUUACGACAACAAAGAACUAUGCUGAAACACAGACAUGCAAGUUGGCAAACCAUACAAAGCGACCAUUUUGAAGAAUUUCUAUUUUUUUUAUCUUUAAUGGCGUUGAGCUACGUUUUUGUGCCAAUUGUGCCAUCGAUAAAUGUCACAGAUUAUAUUAUAUAUUAAGCUAUGACUCUAAUCAUAAGUUUAAUUUUAAGUUUAGGUUUAGAGAAUGUAACGCCGGAAUCGGUCCCAUUGUAAUUUCUAUGUCCAUUGUGUUAUAUUACUGUGUCGAUCUUUGUUUCUUUAUUUAAACGGUAGUUUUUAAAUGUAAUUCAUGUAUUGUUGAAAACAUUGGUUAUAUAAAUGUAAAUGUACAUUUUAUAACAUUUAAUAAAAUAUAUGCUUAUUUAAUAUUUCUACAUCGAAAACCUAAAUUAUCAAUUACUUACUUUAAUUUUUCAUUGUAGGCAAGUGCCAAAAAUGACGUUAACAUUAAUUAUAAGACCUUGACAUUUUCAUAACUGACAUUUGACAAUGACAUUGACAGCUAAGAACCGAAAUGAAAAAAAUCGAGAAAGUCGAUCGGUGUUUCUUGAAGGGGCUUUAAAAAAGUAACACAUUUUAUAAAAGAACGCAGUCUUGAUAUCAUGGUUAAAUACAUACACUGAAUCUAAAAUAAUCACCUCUACCUAAAAUGUAUAAACCUAUCAAUUUGGUAGUUCUGCUCUUACCUUAUUUUGUUGCUCCAGAUGAAAAUUUUGUGUAUGAUUAUAGCCCUAAUAACUUCAAAGACCGCAUAGAAGAACUAGAUGGCAAUUUUGUAAUGUUUUUUGCACCAUGGUGUCGGCAUUGCACAGAGUUUCAUCCAAUUUGGCAAGAGCUGGGUAAACUGGUGAAUACAAAAGAUUCUAAGUUCGCUAUAGCUCAAGUGGACUGCACUCUACACUUUAAACUAUGUCAUGAAAAUGAUAUCACAGGAUAUCCAACACUUUUUUAUUUUCAUAAGAACUCCUUCACACCUGUAGAAUAUAAGGGCACAAGAGAUCUUCCUUCAUUGACAAUUUUCUUGAGUGAAGUCUUUACAAUGAAGUUGGAGAAAAAAGAAUCAAGUCUUGUUAAAAUAUACAGUGGUAUGGCGUACCUCAACGAUCAAAAUAUUGAGAAAUUUGUCUCAAACGGACAGCAUUUUGUAAUGUUCUAUGCACCAUGGUGUAAAGCGUCACAGAAAUUGGCACCAGUUUGGGCAGAGUUGGCAGUCCAAUAUUCCCACAAUGAAUACAUACAGAUAGGGAAAGUGAACUGCAUGGAGAAUGAAAUGACCUGUAAAAACUUUGACAUAAAGCAGUAUCCAUACCUUUUAUGGAUAGUCAAUGGCAGAAUUAUGGGCGUAGCUGACGCGGAUAACUUAGAAGAUCUUAAAGCAUACGUAGGAAAAAUGUUGCUCUCUGAAAAUCAUGAUCCCGAUAAGUUCAUGAAAAAGAAGAAAGCUUUGCCGGUGGCCCGAAUAUCUGAAGAGACUUUUGAAACUUUCUUAGAGAAGGAUCUGGUGUUCAUCAAUUAUUUUGCACCCUGGUGCGCUCACUGCAUGCAGCUGGGGCCUCUUUGGCUAAAACUGGGAGAGAAGUUCCAGAAUGAGAGCCGCGUCUUAAUCGCCGACGUAGAUUGCGUGCGCUCAAAGCCCAUCUGCGAGACUGAAAAGAUAAACGGGCUGCCUACUCUAAUAUUGUAUAAACACAAGAAGAUAGUGAACAUAGAGCACGGCAGCCGGCCGCUGGACAGCCUCGUGUCUCUGGUCAAACAACACUUGCGCGAUGCCACCGAACAAACUGUAACGCCGGACAGUAACAAUAACACCCAAAGUGAUAACAUCAACACCAAAGAUGAAUUAUAAUUUAUUAUACUUACUUAUUUAUUAAAAAUUCAAAUAAUAAUUU